AUGCCCUCAGCGCCCAUGAGCUAUGCCUCUAUGCCUCUCCAGCCACACCAAUCACGAGCGGUAGAUGAUGCGCCGAACCCCCAGGGCCCCCCCGGCAGCCGCAGUCGGAGGGAUCCGGCCAUCUGCCCCACCGACGACGAGGCUGCCGUAACCCGCGAGAAGACAAACCAGAAUAAGCGGAGCUUUGACUAUGUCUGGAAGUCGGGCGUCGCUGGAGGCCUGGCCGGCUGUGCGGGCAAGACGGUCGUCGCGCCUCUCGAUCGAGUCAAGAUUCUCUUCCAAUCUCACAACCCGCACUUCCUAAAGUACACGGGCUCUUGGCUGGGCUUUUCGCAGGCCAUGCGCGACAUAUACCGUCAGGACGGGCCGUUGGGGCUGUUUAGGGGCCACUCGGCGACCCUCCUGAGGAUAUUUCCCUACGCCGCCAUAAAGUUCCUCGCCUACGAGCAGAUCCGAGCCGUCAUCAUCCCCAGCAGGGACAAGGAGACGCCGUUCCGCCGCCUCAUCAGCGGCUCGCUGGCCGGUGUGACGUCCGUCUUCUUCACGUACCCGCUCGAGGUCGUCAGAGUCCGGCUCGCCUUUGAGACGAAAAAGGACGGCCGCUCGUCGCUGCGGUCCAUCUGCAAGCGCAUCUACAGCGAGCGAAUGUACCACAAGCCGCUCGUUCCAGAGCUGCCCGGCGCGCCCGGCGCGGCCGCAGCGACUGCCGUGAACUCGCUGACCCCCCGGUCCGGGCUGGUUAACUUCUACCGCGGCUUCACGCCCACUCUUCUCGGCAUGCUCCCCUACGCCGGCGUGUCGUUCCUCACGCACGACACGGUCGGCGACCUCCUCCGCACCCCCGGGGUGGCGCAGUGGACGACGCUGCCCCGGCCGGACAAUGCGCCGCCUGGGAAGCCCGCGCCGCUCCGGUACUGGGCAGAGCUGUUUGCGGGCGGCGUCGCGGGCAUUGUCUCGCAGACGGCCUCGUACCCGCUCGAGGUCAUCAGGCGGCGCAUGCAGGUCGGCGGCGCCGUGGGCGACGGCCACCGGCUGCGCAUCGGCGAGACGGCCAAGCUGAUCAUGAGGGAGCGCGGCGUCCGUGGCUUCUUUGUCGGCUUGACCAUUGGCUAUGUCAAGGUUUUCCCUCUCGCGGCUGCGAGCUUUUACACGUACGAGAGGUUAAAGACGGUGUUGGGCAUUUAG